AUGGAGAAUGGCAUUUUGCGAGUGGGUGGUAGAUUGAAACAUGCUGAUCUUGAUAAUGAUCAAAUUCACCCUAUCCUUAUUCCUAAACGUCACCCUUUUACCAUCCUUUUGAUUCGCGAUGCUCAUCUUAAUAUGAAACAUGCAGGAACUAAUGCGACGCUGUAUAAUCUACGACAAAAGUAUUGGAUAAUAGAUGGGAGAUUAGCAGUUUGUCAGGUAGUGACGUCAUGCGUGAUAUGUCGUAAGGCUAGGCCUAGAGAGAUUAAUUAUGUUAUGGGUAAUCUUCCAAGAGUAAGAGUUUCUGUUGCGAGACCAUUUGAAAAUGUUGGAGUGGAUUUUUGUGGUCAUUUUUUUAUUAAAGAAAAAAGAACUAGAAAUAGAUCAAAAUUAAAAGUAUAUGCGGCCAUAUUUGUAUGUCUUGCCUCUAAGGCGGUUCACAUCGAGUUGGUUGAGAACUUAACGACCGAAGCGUUCAUCGGAUGCUUGCGCAGAUUUUUUGCGAGACGCGGAAAAGCUCGAGCCUUGUAUUCAGAUAGUGGCGCCAAUAAUGAGCUUAGGGACCUUCACGACUUUUUAAACUCAGAACAGGGAAAUGCAAAAAUUCAGCGAGAAUUAUCAAAUGAAUUAAUUGAAUGGAAUUUUAAUCCACCUCGGACCCCCCACUUUGGUGGAAUUUGGGAGGCAGCCGUGAAGGCCCUUAAACAUCAUUUGCGAAGAGUGGUCGGCGACGCGUUAUUGUCUUUUGAAAGUUUGAAUACGCUUAUGUGUGAAAUUGAAGCCUUGUUAAACUCGCGCCCAUUGACACCAAUGUCCUCGGAUCCAAAAGAUUUAAAUGUAUUAACGCCGGGACAUUUGCUUAUCGGACAAUCACUUGCAACUAUUCCCACGACCGACCUUUCCACAAUUCCUGUAAAUAGAUUGAGUAUGUGGCAACAUAUUCAAAAAAUCAAGGGAGAUUUUUUGAAAAGGUGGGUGGGGGAAUAUCUUAAUGAAUUAAACGCAAAGAGUAAAUGGAUGGUUGGGGAAGGUAAUAUAAAGGUGGGAACAUUGGUGACAAUAAGGGAAGAUAAUAUUCCACCGAUGCAUUGGUGUAUGGGCCGAGUUGUUGAGUUGAUUCCGGGUGAUGAUGUGUACUAUUUGUAA